CUAACAUAACCUAACUUAAAAGCGGCAAUCCAACGUUUUUUUAAUAUAUUUCUUAUAUAUUUUCUUUUACAUAGAAGUAAAUAUACUUAGUGAUAAUAAGAAAAAUGCAGAACAGUAGCGAAUGUCAAUUACAAAUUAGAUUAAUAACUAAACAAGAUUCAUAUGCUGUACCAGAUGUACCAUUAUCCGUGCCACAGACUAUUGAUACCAAAUCUUUAAAUGAUUUGGUCAACCAACUGCUGAAAGAAAAUAAUUCGGACUUUUUAAAACCGAGAGAAUUUGAUUUUUUGGUUUUUGGUGAAUUGUUACGCGUUCCUAUUAUAGAACACUUACAGGAACGAAAUGUAUCUACUGAAGUAACAGUUGAUGUAGAAUAUAUAGAAAGAACACCUUCACCAGAACCAGAAGAUUCACUUUUACACGAUGAUUGGGUGGCGGGGAUUCACACAACAGACAAAUGGAUUUUGACAGGUUGUUAUGAUUAUUCAGUUAAUAUUUGGACAUUACAUGGAAAACCCGUGGUGUCUCUAAAAGAACAUAAAAAUGUGGUAAAAGCCGUUUCAUGGCUUGACGAAAAAGAUCCUUCUAAAGGUUUUAUAAGUGUUUCGCAUGAUUUGACAGGAAUAUUGUGGUCUUGGGAACCAGGAUCUGACAACGUAUUACCCAAGGCUAUAUUACGUGGUCACGAGAGGGGUAUCGACAGUGUGGGGGUCAGUCCGAAUUCAUCAAGAUUGGCUACAGGUGGAUGGGAUACGAAUUUAAAAUUAUGGUCUACCUCCUUAAAAGAUGACCGAGAUGAACCAGCCCAUAAGAAAGUAAGGGGCAAUACCGACCUUGUGACCAAAACACCUCUAAAUACGUUGAAGGGUCACAAAGAAACAAUUUCUUCCAUUAACUGGGUGGACAACUAUGAAGUCUGUACAGCUUCCAUGGACCAUACAAUUAAGUUUUGGGAUGUAGAGCUCUGUGGUAUCAAGAAUGAAAUAGUGGGACAGAAGGCCUUUCUGAGUUCUUCAUGGUCACCACUAUCCAACACGUUACUGGCCAGUUCGGCGGAUAGACACAUCCGUCUUUACGACCCAAGGUCUUCCGAGGGUUCCAUCUGUAAAACAACGUUUACGUCGCACACGUUGUGGGUCAGUUCCGUCACCUGGUCCAAAUAUGAUCAACACUUAUUUCUGUCAGGCGGUUACGAUUCUACAGUGAAAUUGUGGGAUACGAGGAGCCCCAAAGCGCCACUGUACAAUUUACAGGGGCAUCAGGGACAAGUGUUGUCGGUUGACUGGUCGAAUAAGAAAUAUUUGGUGUCCGGUGGUAGUGAUAAUAGUGUACACAUUUUUCGGAAUAAGGAUGUAAAGGAUUAAAGCAAUAAAUGGAAACUGUAUAA